GAAUUGCGGCUCAGUUGUAACCCUAAAUUCACAAAGUCUCUGAUCCGCUGCCGACGAAACCAUGUCCGAUACCGACGAGACCAUGUCCGUGUUUGAGAAAUAUAUGUCCGAGAUUUCGCUGUCCUCCGCCGAAACCAUUGAUCCGAUCGAAGAAUACCUAAAUGCUGACGCAUGCAUCUUUUGGGACAUGGGGAGUUACCCAAUCCCUAAUGGUGUGGAUCCUUGUUUUGUACUAAAGAAAAUCAAAUCAGAGCUCGCGGAUAUAGGUUGUCGUGUGGAUGUGUCUAUCCACGCUUACGGUAAUAAUGACACAGUCUCGGAUGGUGAUUUACUAUCUACAGCUGCCGGAAUCAAAUUCGAUCUCUUACCCGAAGGAGAUAAAGACGCCGGAAUUUUUUCCAUGUUAGUGGACAUGUUCCAAUGGGCACUGAAAAGUUCUUCAACAAGAAAUUUGAUUGUACUCUCAAAAAACAUGGAUAAUCCAGAGGUGCUGAGACAUUUUGCCUCUUUGUGGAGGUGGGAAUGUGGUCUUAUAUUAUCACCAACAUGGGUACCUGAAGUGUUGAUGGAGGAAACCGCUCACAAUGUCUUCGACCAGAACAAGCGGAAAGCAGAUACUCUUGCUGAUUCUGAUCACCCAUCUAAAACCCGAAAAGUCACAGAGUACAUCUCAUCAUCUGCAGCGCCUAAUAUUUUUCUCGAUAACUCGGCUGAAACCAUGUCCAGAUUAUUCCCCAUUCCCACCACCGCUCGUGAAAUGUGUCGUGCGACACUUGUCUUCUGGGUCAUUGAGGAUGAAAAUAUGCCUGCAGUUACCGAGUUUUGGUCGAAACAUGACAAAAUCACUUUAGCUCUCCUCAAAGAGGGUUACCGUGGGAGGGUGACAACCAACGGUUACGUUGUUAAUCCGAAAUUGCCAAAAGAACAUUUUUGGAAUGCUUAUGGGGAUCACGGUAUCACAAUCUAUUUGGAUCCAGAAGGUGAUGAAAGUAUAAGAUAUAACAGGAUGUUACUACACCUUCUUUAUUGGGGACGCAUGAUGAAAUCCGAAAGUAAUUUGGUGGUACUCUCAAGAAACCAAAACUUCGGACAAGGCACCAAGUUCGACCGUGUACGUGAGACUUUGGAAGAGUUAAGUAUCAAAGUUGCCGUAUUAAAUCCUGAUAAAGUCGAUGACUAUGUUCUCGACCAAGACGGCCUCUUGCUCUCAUGAUGGGACUAAUGUACGGCCUCUUGAUCUCAUGAUGGGACUAAUGUUAAUUUCAAUGCUUUUAUGAUGGGAGUAAAAAUAUUAUUAGGACAUCUUUUGCUUUUAAAUUGUGUGUACAAGACUAUUCUCGAAUCAAAAACUCAUAUAUAUAACCUUUGUUUUUGCAUCAUA